CAGCCAUUGACGCCCUGCAGGACCCAGCGAUGCCUCCUCGAUAUUCUCAAUAGCUCUCCAACUUCACGAAUUUACCAUGCCUCCGCACCUCCACCCGCGGUCGCGCAUGACGACCUCGCUUUUUACCACUACCCUCAUGGUCUCCUUCCUCGUUGUCGCUACACCACAUCUCCUGCCGUGUCCAGUGGAUCCGCGGAUGCUCGCCGACUCACCUGAUCCAGAGAAAAGACGAAGACGGAGACGGGAAAAUCCGCAAGAUGAAACCUGCAACGAUGUGAUGGGCGAGGAGCGGAGGAAGAGAAAAUUGCUUGAGGAGAAACUGUCACCAAAGAGGGAGUGUCCCAUACCCAAACCAGGUGGACUGGUUGGACAGGUGCUUGGGUUAAAGAGUGAGGAAAGAGACGGGCUUGAGGAGCGUUUGUCUGUUACAGAGCACGUUGAGAAAGCAAGAUCCAGGGAGCAGCCAAAUGACAACCAAUAACACGAUACAACGUACAAUCGAUGAACAUGUAACAAGUCGAAGAGGUGGAGUUCUGCACACCAGAAGAGGGCAUACCCAAGUUAGGACGCAAGAUAUCAAGUGUAUCAUAUCUGUAGAGUUCACGAAAUAGGAUAGAGAUACGCAUCAACACAAACAACAUCUCAAACAAACCUGCCAUCUAC